CCGAAAACAUCUCGGGGCCCGCACGCUGUGGCCCAAGAGAUGUACCAGGGCAUCACACUCUCGACGAGAUGGUCUCGCUGGAGCGAGUGCAGUGUUUGCGGCAAGGUCGGCAGAAGGCAUCGGUACGGAGUAUGCUACGUCAAUUUACAUCGAGACCUGAUAGCAAGCUAUGAGAUCGACCCUAUCAGAACGGCACAUGCUAACACAUUAGUUGAAUUGGAUGAUAAGCUCAUCGAACUGUUUCAAGCAUUCCCGACCGGCCUGCCUUGUCGUUCACAAUACCUGCCGAAAACUUUAAGGGAUAUGAAAGCGCUCCAAGAGAGGCCAAGUGAAAUUAUGAUCGGCAUGUGCAAGGUGCCUUGCUCGUCAAGUCCAGACGUCGAGAUCGAGGAAACGGCAAAACCAAAAAUCAAGACUUGGCACACAACAAAGCCGAGGCCCAAGCCUGGGCACCCAACAAAGCCAAGCCCCAAGCCUGGACACCCAACAAAGCCAAGCCCCAAGCCUGGACACCCAACAAAGCCAAGCCCCAAGCCUGGACACCCAACAAAGCCAAGCCCCAAGCCUGGACACCCAACAAAGCCAAGCCCCAAGCCUGGACACCCAACAAAGCCAAGCCCCAAGCCUGGACACCCAACAAAGCCAAGCCCCAAGCCGGGGCACCCAACAAAGCCGAGCACCAAGCCGAGCCCCAAGCCUGGACACCCAAUAAAGCCGACCGCCAAGCCCGGUCACCCAACAAAGCCAAGCCUCAAACCUGAGCACCCAAUAACGCCGAGCCCCAAGCCAGGGCAGCCAAUAAAACCGAGCCCUAAGCCUGAGCACCCAAUAAAGCCGAGGCCCCCUGGGCAUCCAACAAAACCGAGCCCCAAACCUGGGCACCCAACGAAACCAUGCCCCAAGCCGGGGCACCCAUCAAAGCCGAGCACCAAGCCGAGCCCCAAGCCUGGGCACCCAACGAAACCAAGCCCCAAGCCUGGGCACCCAAUUAAGCCAAGCCCCAAGCCGGGGCACCCAACAAAGCCGACUGCCAAGCCUGGUCACCCAAUAAAGCCGACCGCCAAGCCUGGGCACCUAACAAAGCCGAACGCCAAGCCUGGGCACACAGAUGACCCAUGGACCAAAAUUGAGAAGGCAGAUAAGCCAUGGCCUGAGUUUGAGGACACAGAUAAGCCAUGGCCCGAGAUUGAGAACUCAGAUAAACCAUGGACCGAGACCGAUAAUGCAGAUAAUCUAAGGACCGAGAUCGAGAAUGCAGAUAAGCUAUGGCCUGAUCCCGAGAAUGCAGAUAAGCUAUGGCCUGAGACUGAACAGACAGAAAAACCAUGGACUGAGAUUCAGCACACGAAAAAUUCAAGCAUCAGGACUGAGCAUACCAUGAGGCCAAGUACCAAGAAUGAGUACACAGAAGUGCCAUGGACCAAGAUUCAGCACUCAAAAAAGUCAAGGAUUAAGACUAAGCACACCAAAUGCAGGAACCAUGAACACACUCCAAAGCCAUGUAAUAUUCAGUCGGAAAAAAAGCCGUGCACCAAGAUAGAGCCAUCAGAAAAACCAAGCACCAAGAAAAAGCACAAACCAACUGAACACACAAAAAGUCCCUAUUCAAUAUAUUUAUUAAUUAAACACGGAAAAAAAACGAGCACUACUACUGACCCCAAAAUGGUAAGCAUUGAAAUUGAGCUCUCAACGAGCGUUAGUAAUGACUACACAGAAAUUUCAAGCGAUGUGAUUGAGCAGACACAUAAGAGAUAUAAAAGGCAGGAGCCUUCGAACAUGUCAGACCACAAUCUGGAGCAAUGCGAAACGGUAUUCUUUUCGAUGAAAGACUUUCUGCCGAAACAGCCGCCGAUGCCAGUUAGAAACACCAUAUUCGCGGUCUUUGGAGAACGGAUUGCGCUGCGAUGUCCCGGUACCACACUUCGCGACGUGCCCAUCAUGUGGAGGAGAGGCACCAAGGCUCUGGUCCCGCGGGACGUGGACAAGGGCAGCGGCGGCAGGGUGCACAUCAAUAGCAGAGACCAUCUGGUCUUCACUAGCGUCUACUUCAGGGACGAGAACUUGUACAGCUGCUGGGAGCGCGGUCGCCUGGCGGGGUCGGUGCAGCUGGUGGUGCGAGCGGACGGGCGGGCGCGGUGCCGGCGCCCCGCGCUCUUGGCCGCCGCGUUGGUAAUCGCGCUGCUGCUGCUGCACCUCACCAGGCCGGACCCCGGCGCCGACCGACCCGGCUAUCAGUAG